GGGCUUAAUUGUUCCAGGCGGAGAAACGAAAAUAAAAGUACUACGUACAGGAAAUACCGUGUGGAGCUCCAUAAUAUAUCGCCUAUUCUUGUGAUCCAGAGAGAAGAGGAGACAUUAACUAAACGGGAAAACUGCAAUGGCUGCUUUCAACAAUUUUGUAUCAGAAGAGCAGUUGCAGUGCUCCAUCUGUCUGGAAAUUUUCACUAAGCCUGUUUCUACACCAUGUGGACACAACUUCUGCAUGGUUUGUCUCAACAAAUACUGGGACAGCAGUCAAAAGUGCACCUGUCCGUUCUGUAAGAAAGAAUUCAGCAAAAGGCCACAACUUUGUGUUAAUACCUUCAUAUCUAAUCUGGCUACUCAAUUCAAAGAGUCAGUGAACGUGAAACCUAGCACCAAGAAGCCUCCUGCUGCACAGGGGCAUGUGCUAUGUGAUGUCUGUACUGACCCUACACUGACGGCCCUCAAGUCCUGUCUGGAUUGCGGUAUGUCGUUCUGUGAUACACAUCUGGAGCAUCAUAAAACCAUAGCAAAACUGAAGCAACAUACAUUAAUCGAUGCUGUGAAGAACCUGGAGGACUACAUAUGCCAGAGGCACCAGAGACCUCUGGAGUUGUUCUGUAGGAAUGACCAGAUGUAUGUGUGUCUGUUCUGCACUGAGGGAGAGCAUAAGAGCCACAACACUGUUCCUAUAGAGGAGGAGAGUGCACAGAAGAAGACUGAGUUGAAGAAAACACAAGCAGAGGUUCAGAAGAUGGUCCAAGAAGUUCAAAAAAAGAUCAAAGAAAUAAAGCAUUCUGUAGUUCUCAAAAAACAAAAUAUAGAUAAAGAAAAAAAGGACAGUGCUGAACUCUUCAGGUGUCUCAUGAGUUCCAUCAAGACAAUGCAGACUGAUCUCCUUAUGAUACUGGAGGAUAAACAGAAAGACAUAGAAAGGCAAGCUGAAGUGCUCAGUAAAGCAUUAAAAGAGGAAGUUGCUGAGUUGAAAAGAAGGGACACUGAGCUGGAGAAGCUCUUACACUGUGAAGACCACCUUCAUCUUCUCCAGACUUGCUUAACAUUAUCCACACCUACAUAUACCAAUAACUUGGAUACAAUGAAAAUUAACACCAACCUGAUCGUGGAGGAUGUGAUGAGAGAGUUGCUUCAUCUUCAGCAGUCUGUCAGCAAUACAACUGAGAAGAUGUCUUGGUUAACAAACCUAGAUUAUCAAAGAGAGGAGAUCAAAAGGCUGUUGAAAACUCCAUUAGUAAAAGGUGACACAUGGUACCUUGUAGACAGCGAGUGGUUCAAAACAUGGAAGAAAUAUGUGGGAUUUGAUAGCUGGAACAUGACCAGUUUCAAAGACCAGAUAUUUUACCCUGGACCAGUGGACAACUCAGGACUCUUAAAAGAUUCCCUCUCUAUCAAGGAGCAUCUAAUUGAUGAGCUGGACUACAUCCUUCUGCCUGAAGAGGCGUGGGGUAAACUGUUAAGCUGGUAUGGACUGACUGAUCACCAGAAGCCUAUUGUACGAAAAGUGAUUGAGUCAGGCUUGUUUGUGAAGCACUGUAAGGUGGAGGUCUACUUCACUGAACUGAGACUGUGUGAAUUCAGCAACAUGGACCAAAGCAUAAGGCGGCACUUCAGCAAGGCAGACACAGUAGCGUGUAUUGAAAAGGAAAUGCGUAAAAUCUUCAAUAUUCCUAAUGAGAAGAAAACCAGGUUGUGGGUUAAGUAUAUGAAUAAUGCAUUUGAGUUUCUUGACUGCCCUGGUAAAAGCAUUCAGGAUGCUGGUCUCUUCCAAGGAAAUGUCAUGCUUAUAGAACAGAUGAAUGAAGAUGGAACAUGGCCACAACACGCACUCAUUCCACGCUUAAAAUCUCAAAAGCAAAAAACCUGAGUGGAGCAUCAUGGUAGUGAAACAAGGAGAUAAACAGGAGUGAGGAUGUGGGAAUUUGUGUUUGUUCAUCUACAAGAGCAUUAAUGAGGUCAGGCAGUGAUGUUGGGUAAGGAGGCCUGGUUCAGUCAGGGUUCUAGUUCAUCCAAAACAAAAAAGUGUGUUCAGUGGGGUUGGGGUCAGGGCUCAGCACAGAACAUUCUAAUUCUUCCACACCUACCUAGGCAAACAAAAGGUGUGUGUCCAAAAACCUUUAGCCAUAUAGUGUGUGUGUAUAUAUAGCAAACAGUGUGUACAGAAAUAUCAUAGGAUACAUGUUAAUUGAGAUGAUUACAUUUAUUAAUCUUAUUAUUGUGUAUCAUUUAUGUUUCUUUGCACUACUGUAGAUAUAUUCUAUUAUUCCUUAUUAAUUGAAAAUGACAUUUGAGCAUGUAGGAAAAGAAACUGUUUAAAUUGUUUUUCAUAUUUGUUGAUCAAAGUGACAUGAUCAUGAGUGUUUUUGAGCUUUUUUAAUGCAAAACAGGGCUGGAUACUCGCUCCCUGGAUGGUAUCUAUCCUGUGAUGCUGAGAGCUGUCUGGAUGGGAAUUAGCAAAUGAAUAAAUUGGGAGAAAAGGGUUAAAAUAAUAAAGAAAUAAAAAGUGAAAUGAUGGAACUGAUGCUUUAAGAGAUUGACUAGGUGGAAAUGUGUAGAACAUUGUUGUGGGUUUUGUUUUCAACCAUUAGGGCUCUCUUACUUGCUGGCAUGCAGUAUCUGUUUAAAAUGAUAGGGGUGUGAUUGGGAUAAUUGUAAAAUAUAUGUAUUGUGUUUGUAUCACUCUGUGCAGAUUAAAUAUCAAUAUAA